AUGGUCAAGACAGACACAGAGGAAAGUCAAGCUGUGCAAAGAAGUGAAGCACAAUACGAUGCAUUGACUGACCUUGCUGAACCAUUACUGGUUCCGCUUGCGUCAAGAAAGUAUAAUCUACAGUACUCAGCAUUGUACGAUUACAGAUUGAGAAGGUUGAAACAUCCAAAAGGCAGACUAUUGGCAGCAGCAACAAGAAGGUGGACAGAAGGAGUCUACGAAGAGGAGGAAAGUGCAGUAAAUGAAGAAAGUCAAGCAAGUACAGCAAGUACUUCUUCCAAUUCCAGAUCACGCAAACGUGGACGAAGGGAGGAACCUUUACCUACGGCACAUUAUGUCAAGCGAAUUCUCGAUGUCAAACAGGGUAAAAUUUGUUUCGUGAUUGGUACAAUCUAUUGUAGCAUGCAUCUCAAACCAGACGUCUUGGAAGAAUUGACGAGAGAACAAUGGCUACCCCCGCAACCGCCAAACGAACGAUAUGCAGACCCGGAAAGGGAUGAAUUUUUUGUCGAAGACGAAAGUGGUCGUGUGCGUCUUGUUGGUGAUGGAUUGGCUCCAGAUGGCUAUCUGAGAAGUGCUCUUGUGACGGGAGUGGUGGUUGCCAUUCUAGGAACGGAAACACGAUCCGGUGAUUUUGAGGUUGCAGAUGCGAUCUUUGCCGGGGUACCACCACCCAAUGAAACAAAUGGCAAUGGGACACACAAACCAGCAAAGACAGAUUUCAUAGGCAAGACGGAAGGACAAAAUAAACAAAAUGGAAUCACAAGCAGAGAGAAUGAGAGCAUGAUGGGAUUCGCCGAAGCAGAGCUACGAUCGAUGCUACUGACAGAUUGGCUGCUAGGAGCGGUGGAAAGUGAUGACAAGGUAGAAAAGGUGGUGGGUUUGGUGAUUGCAGGAAAUUCGAUCGCACCUGCUCCACGCAAUGAUGACGAAAAGUCACUUGGACCACGCAACAAUCAAUCUGGACCUCCAGCAAGCAAAGAUGCCUACCCUACCUCAACUUUCGAUGACUUUUUGGCUGAUUUGGUGUCUUCCAUGCAUGUGCACUUAUUACCCGGCUCGAAUGAUCCAACGAGCAUUGCUCUACCACAACAACCUCUUCAUUUUGCACUUUUGCCAAAGAGCUCCCCUUCCUCAGGUCUACAUCGGGAGACCAAUCCGGCAUGGUUCGGUUUGGCAGGCAAGAAAUUCUUGGGUACUUCUGGCCAGAAUAUCGAUGAUAUCUUUAAAUACAUGCUAGAAACUGACCCGGAAUCUCGUUUGGACGCAGCUUGCAAUACGUUGGAUUGGGGUCACAUCGCACCGACUGCGCCUGAUACAUUGGCUUGCUAUCCUCUAAAUGAUCGAGACCCAUUCUUGAUCGAAGCUGCACCAGAUGUUUAUUUCGUUGGCAAUCAAGAUAAAUUCAGCACACGUCUCUAUCACGGUACAAAUGGUCACAAGGUUCGCGUCAUCCUCUUACCAAAAUUCAGUACAUCCGGAUCUAUCGUUCUUGUCAAUCCCAAAACGUUGGCUGUCAAACAUGUCAACGUGGGAUGGCCUUCACUACCACACAAUGUACACGAAGAAGAGUUGGAGGGAUGA